GGGCGAGUUCUCAGCAUGGCCGCCCAGUCUCCUCGAGGCUCCCCCUCCCUGGUCGGCAGCCAGCAGCGGCAGAUACCUGAUACUCGGGUUGUGCAAGCGCGAAGGGGGAGCCUGGCCCUGCCCGGCCCUUGGGAGCCACCCGGAAGGCCGAGCCCGCCGGCCCCACCUGGAGAGGAGCUUAAAGGCCGGCCGGGCGGCCASAGCGCAGCCGGUUCCUGCACCAUGCCCACGGCCCGCAGCGUCCUCAUCUUGGCGGGGCUCCUGGCUCUCUGGGCAGAGCUGCCGGCAGCAUCCGCCCAGAAUGACACCACAAAAGCCGGCGUGUGCCCGGAGCCGGCGAUGGACUCGGUCAACUGCACGGUGGGGUGCCAGUCCGAUGGCGACUGCGAGAGCACCCUCAAGUGCUGCCCGGCAGCCUGCGGCAAGGCCUGCCAGAAGCCUGACGAGAAGCCUGGCAUUUGCCCACCCGUCAACCCAGGCAUCCCCAUGCUGGGCAUCUGCUCCAACCAGUGCAAGACUGAUGCCAACUGCUCUGGGAUCCAGAAGUGUUGCAGGAAUGGCUGCGGCAAGGUYUCCUGUGUGACGCCCAUCCACUGAGGUGCAGCCACCUCCUGCCAGCCCAGCCACAGGGAAGCUGCUGCCUGAUGCCCAUCCCAAUGUCCCGGCCCUGGCCCUGCACCAUCCCCCCGGCUUGGAGCCUUCAGCCUCAGUUUCCUCCCUGGGGUUCCCCACUCGGGGCAAGCCCCCCACACUCUCACCAAUAAAGCAGCUUCUCCCUGU